GCUUCUACUGCGGUGGUGAUCAACGCGGAGGCGGUGCUUACACUGAAAUCAACUGGGCUCGGUCUCUUUUAGUGAGAGGGGGCGGAUAAGCCGUCUCUCCCCGGGAGCCCGCAGGAUAGCUGCAUGGGCUGUUCUAUAAGCCUCGAUUGUUGCGGGACGGAGCUUUGCGGAACCCCAGAUGAACCUACGAAGAAGAAAGAAGAGAAAAUGAGGCUCACGAAGAACAGCAACGGGUCUGAGUGAAAAAGACCGGCAUUGUGCACGCAGCAGAGGCAGCUGGAUAAACAACCAACGAAAAACUGCGAAGAAUGUACGAAAACAUCGAUCCACAGUGACUGGACAUUCACCAUUUGCUGACGGCAAAGGAAAAGCACAUUGAUGAUAUCGCUCCAGAACUAUGUGCUGAAAACCCUUUUUGCUGCCGUCUUUAUUUCUCACGAAGCCUGGUAAGGUCGAUCCCCCAACUACUCACAGCUUCAAGGAGAAGACAUUUAAGAAGAAGAAGCACUGUGUGGUAUGCAAGCAGCCAAUCACGUCACAGGGGAUCUUAUGUCGCAUCUGCAAGUUAGCAAGUCACAAGAAAUGUGAAACCAAGGUAAUGACCAUCUGCGUGCCUCCAGCCCCUCGCAGCCUGGAACUUCCAAGAAAGGGUACUGGAACAGUGAAGAACAUAGAGCAUUUGGGGUCAACAAAAUCUUUGAAAAGUGCCAGUCAAAGGAACACUCUGCCGAGGAGUUUUAGCGUGGACCACGUCAUGGAGAGGAACUACGAUUUUGACUUGACAUACAUUACAGAGCGAAUUAUUUCAGUCUUCUUCCCAUCGGUACUCGAGGAACAGCGAUACCGCAGCAACCUGAAGGAGGUUGCCCACAUGUUGAAGUCUAAACACGGAGACAAUUACUUGCUUUUUAAUCUGUCGGAAAAGAGGCAAGACAUCAGUAGACUCAACCCCAAGGUUCAGGACUUUGGCUGGCCUGACCUUCAUGCUCCUCCCCUGGACAAGAUUUGUGCCAUCUGCAAAGCCAUGGAGAUGUGGCUGAACUCUGACCCCCAUCACGUUGUCGUCCUGCACUGUAAGGGCAACAAAGGUCGAACGGGAGUCAUCAUUGCAGCGUACAUGCACUACAGCAAGAUCUCUGCGGGGGCUGACCAGGCACUCAGUACACUAGCCAUGAGGAAGUUCUGCGAGGACAAAGUGGCUCCGGCGAUACAACCUUCUCAAACCAGAUAUAUCUAUUACUUCAGUGGUCUGCUAUCUGGAGCGAUAAAAAUGAACAGCAUGCCUCUGUUCCUGCACCAUGUCGUCAUCCCUGCUAUACCCAGCUUUGAGCCCCAUGGAGGUAACUGUUCAGGAUACCACCCAUUCCUGAAGAUUUAUCAGUCAAUGCAACUCGUCUACACUUCAGGCAUCUACAGUGUCCAAGCACCUGGUUGUAAAAAACUGUGCAUCUCUGUCGAACCUGCCUUACUGCUGAAGGGAGACAUUAUGGUGAAGUGUUACCAUAAGCAAUACAAAAACCCGGAACGGGACGUUGUUUUUCGAGUACAGUUCCAUACUUGCGCCAUCCAUGGCACCCAGCUCUGGUUUGGAAAGGAUGAACUGGAUGAUGCUUACGGAGAUGACAGGUUCCCACGAGAUGCCAUGGUGGAGUUCAUUUUCUCUUCCGGUCCGGAAAAAAUCAAAGAGGGAGAACACUUAAAGAAUGACUCAACAGUGACUGUGGAUUACAACACCUCUGAUCCAACAGUUAGAUGGGAUUCCUACGAGAACUUCAACCUUCACCAUGAGGAUGGCUUGGAAGAAGUACCUCACACACGAGGGCCACUAGAUGGAAGCCUGUACGCUAAAGUGAAGAAGAGGAGUCCGAGCACUGGUACAGCCAACGGAAGUCCGUUAAGUGUCACGUCUGUUCACUGUGGCCACACCUUGUCUGUCAGCACAGAUUCUGGCCACUCCACUGCUUCAGUUAAGACAGAGGACCACAGUGUUAGCAUGAAGCAAGCUCCCUCGCAAGUAGAGAAGGAGCAGCUAGAUCGCCUGCUCAGUGGGUUUGGCGUGGGCGCAGUGAAGAAUGUGCACAAUGCGAUGUCCCAACCAGGGGUGGCUUCACAGAGCCGCUCCAAUGGCCGAUCUGGCUCCAAUGAAAGGGAGACGGACAUACUGGAUGAUGAAGACAUGUGUGAGAUGAAUAGGUUCGCCACUUUGCCGAGAAACAUGCAUCAUGGUGCCCAUCCUUAUAAUUUCAAGGUUAGCCAUCACUCGCCAGAGCACAGAAUACCUGGUUAUGGCCAUAGUCCUGAAGGAAUACGAACUGAUGUCUACUGCAGGCCUGAUGGGACACUGGAAAGAAGACGACCCACGUUUGAGAGAAGUGCGGGGCCAAUGAGCGACGUUGGGGUGGAGGGCAGGCUGCAUGAUUCUUACGAGCAUGUGAAAGGCAUAGACCCCAUUCAGCACCAGGCAGCAAUGUUGGAGAGGGUGAACUACCAACGGCCGCGCAAUGAUGUACUCCAAGUCUACCCACCCAUGUUUCAUCAGUAUACCUGCUCAGAGAGAAUGCCUCCUGGUCUAAUCCAUCGAAUGAGACACAGGGACGAUGCCCAGAGAGAUCACGACAUAAAGGCAAAUAGGAACCGGCUAAUUGAUUAUCACCAGUUAGAAGGCAUUUUGGAUGGACAGCAUGUACAGUUUCUUGAGCGUGAUCCUCCAGAAAUUAUGUCUCACAAUUGUGGCUGUCGUAACUGUUCCUUAAAGAUGUCAGAGGAAGAGGUGGAGAGGUCUGCAGCGGCGUUUAAUGCCAUUAAGUUGGACCACGACUCUUUGUACCAGCACCCUUGUCCUCCUGACCUAGACAUGUGGCAGCAUGAAAACCUGAAGCCACAUCUGCUAAGCCACCCUAUCAGAAAUGGACAGGCACCCCAACCAGUUCCUCUACUGAUGCCUGCACACUCAUACAGCCAGUACCCAAGAGGACAUGGAUGCACCUCAUUUGGUUAUAACCAUGCCCAUGCAAAUAUGCCGAUGCCAACCCCAAUGGCACACACAUACUCCACUCCGAUUUCACCAGUUCCUCAUGGGCAACUUCAGAGAAGCAUGGAAGGGUCUCCUGAAUCACAUGUUCCUUAUGGCAGGUACCCAGAGCUGAAGUACAGCCCAGAUUACCAACAACAUUCACACUGCAGUUGUCCAUAUGACCAUUACCAAGAACAGCACUGUGCCAACAGAAGCUGUGAAGUCUACCCAGACAGUCCACUCAUGUCAUCCUCAGUGCUGGGGCCGUGUGCUCAGAGCCCACAAGGGCCUCCUUCUGUGUCGCCAGUGAGCCCGAGUGUAUCCCGGGUUUUGUCCAGGAACCCAAGUGCUUGUGAUCGAGUAGCAAGACUGACCGAUGAAGGUCCACAAAGCCCAGAAGCUGCUCUCUCACCCCAACUGCCUGAAGUCCAAUUCCAUGCUGAUCCAGUAGCCCAGGGAAAAGAAACGUUGGUAUAUGGCAUUCCUGGAGAACUUAGAAACCCCGAGAUUCCAAGGCGUCACCACUGUGAAGGAAUGGUGAUCUGUAGCUCUCCAUCCAACAUGACCGAAGCAUCGACUCCUGGAUCCUCAGGCAGCCCUGGACCUAAUACUGAAAGCAGUAUGGCGACAGCAGAGGGCAGCCCCACAUCACCUGUACAGUCCCCUCUGGCUACAGGCCAAAAGCAGACAGCCCCACCCGGGCCAGAGGUGAGCCUGUGCCCCACCGCUGCCUCUCCUGAGCCAAGAAACAGGAGCCCCGGCAGCCCAGCCAAUCAGCAGUCCAGUGCCCAUCAGGUAAAUGGCAUUGAGACCCAUACGGUGCCUGGUGAUCCGGGAAGUACCCAUCAGUCGUUGGCCAAUGAUACACAGCGAAGUCCAAACCAAAGCAAAGAUGAUUCCACUCGGUCGCCGCCACCAUGCAGCCCAGUCGCCAAGGGGUGUCUACCGGAGACUGCCUCGGACCACUUAACUUCGACUACACCACCGAGCUCAGCCAUCGUCAGCCAUCCACCGAACGGCAGCAUGAGCGACCCUUGCUUUAUCAGCAUGCAGCACCAGCCGCUGAGCCUGGACGCAGUAGCCUUGCAGUCCUGCCAAAGAAGUCCGGAUUCCCAGGCACCUCCCACCCCUGCCUUCCCAGUUGCGACCCCCUACAGUGCUCCUACCCCUCGUUCCGAAGUGUUCACUUACCAGUCAGGUGGCUCGAUGUACCCACAGCAACCACCUUUACCAGAGAAACGGCGGAUGUCUGCCAGCCAUGGACCAGCCAAUGGAAGGCCCUUCUCGCCCACACACAGAGGUGCACAAACUCCCAGCGAGGGUACCACACAUCACGUGACCUUCUCCCCAACCACUUUGGACUUCCCAAUGCAUUCAUUAACAGAUGGACAUCAGGAAAGCCAUAUCAGUGCCAAGUUUGUCCAGGACACAUCUAAGUUUUGGUACAAGCCAAACAUCUCCAGGGACCAAGCCAUUGCCCUUCUGAAAGACCGGGAGCCUGGCUCGUUCCUGAUUCGGGACAGCAAUUCAUUCCAGGGGGCCUAUGGCCUUGCCCUCAAAGUGGUGACGCCUCCAGCGAACUUCAGCUCUCACAGCGGUAAAGGCGACCCAAAUGAACUGCUCGUCAGGCAUUUCCUUAUCGAAACAGGCUCAAAGGGAGUGAAGAUCAAGGGCUGUCAGAAUGAACCGCACUUUGGAAGUCUGUCGGCUCUGGUGUAUCAGCACUCUAUCACACCCAUCUCCCUGCCCUACAAGCUGAAGAUUCCGGAUAAAGAUCCCAUGGAUGAAACCCUGGACAGCGUUGUCCCUGGCAACACCAGUACUGCUGCUGAAUUGCUUAAACAGGGAGCAGCUUGCAACGUGCUGUAUAUCAACUCAGUGGAGACAGAGUCGCUCACUGGCCCACAGGCAGUCGCCAAAGCAACCAUGCAGACCUUUGCGAUGAAGCCUCGGCCUACCGCCACCAUGGUCCACUUCAAAGUCUCAGUGCAGGGCAUCACCCUAACCGACAGCCAACGAAAGAUUUUUUUCAGACGUCAUUACCCAGUCAACACUGUAACGUUCUGCAACCUGGGCCCCCAGGACAGAAGGUGGACUAACCCAGACGGCACAACAUCAAAAAUGUUUGGUUUUGUGGCAAAGAAGCAGGGAAGCACGUCCGACAACGUCUGCCAUCUUUUUGCCGAACUCGACCCAGAGCAACCGGCAUCCGCCAUAGUGAACUUCAUCACCAAAGUCAUGCUCGGGCCACAGAAGAGAUGAGUCCAGGAAUUGCUGCAUUCAAAGACAAACCAAAGGGGUCAACUGGCCAGGCAAGAAGGAUAGCUAGCUCCUCCUAUGUCACCCAAAGGAACAAGCUUCUUUAGAAACAUCAGUGUUCCCCUUAGAAACAAUUCUUUCUCUCUGUUUAAGAUCAACUUGUUCUAGCCUCGAUGUAGAUAUUAAGAUUGCAUGAGAUUCCUUUUAAUCUCAACUCGGGUUUGAUGGCUCCACUUUGUGAAGUGACAGUGUUAAGUAGGGCCUCGCUCCCUCACAGCCUAGUCCUCCCAAGAGGGUGAAUUCAAUCGUGGUGAGUUAGGUUGAUCGUUCUGCACACUGCCUGCAUUGCGCUUUGCUGAGGAUUCUCAUUGUAACUGCCCAUGUAAAAGGGAGCCCUGCAGACUUGAUCAUUGAGUGACAUCGCAUGUGAAUAAUACAAAGAGUACGUGCAAAAUGUGUAGGUGGGGGACUAAGCAAGGAGGAAAGGGGCUGUGGGAUGAUUAAAGGGUGGUGGGUGAAUAUUGAGACGAAUUGGGACCAAUGUUAGAUCUAGGUUUGUGAAAGCAAGAACUCACGUGUGAAGUUUUCAGAGUAUCUGGUACUGCUGGAGUCUAAAGGCACCACCAUCCUCUAUAGUAGAAUGUCAUACUGCACUGGUCUUUGAUCAUAAGGCUACCCAGUUCAGAGCAGGUCUAACUGUAGUAUCAGUCUGACAACGAAAGUGUAAUGUUGGUCUGACAUUUAUCAAGGCUUUCAAUGAAAGCUGUCGGGAGAAUAAAGCUGGUGAUAACUCAGUUGGAUGUACCUGAAGAUGAAGUGCGAUGGAUUUGGGAUUCCUUACCAGCAACUAUAGUGCAGCUUAACUCGCCAAAGCUUCAUUUUAUUGAAUGAUAGAAUGAACAGUCUGAUACCAGAACAGGUCAGGCUGGUCACAAGCCAGUUCUCGUAUCAGAGUGAAUUGGACCUGGGCUAGGGUGUGUGUCCAGACUCACAGCCAGCACGUUUGAAACAGCAGACAAACUCAGUUUGCUCAGAAAAUAGGCUAAUUAAAGAGUGGAGGAAGCUGAAACGACAGCAAGCUCUACAGCAUUUUCUGUUUCAGAAUCAGGUUUAUUAUCACUGUCGUAUGUCAGAUUCAAGGCAUCUUCAGUGUUUCCUUCUGGAUCACUCCCAAAUGUUGGCCAGUGGUCCCCCAGGAUCUCACUGCAUUCGUCCUGAAUUCCCUUGCACUGCCUCUGCCCUGCUGCAUCUUCAGGGUCAUCUUUGAGCCCCUGCCCAUGGCCUGCUUGGUUUUUAUAUCAAUACACCCAAACAGUCGGCUCAGUCUGACCCUGCCACAAGCUCUGUGUGACAUUCUGUCAGGCUGAUGGUCCCUGAGAAAGUUAGGUGUGCGUUAGUAAGUGCAGCAGUGUGGUAAGCCGUUCUUCAUUCAGUAACAUCUACCCUCACCCCAAUUACCACUGGGGUGACGGCUUUCCAUCUCUCCCAGCAACCGUCCUGAAUGCAUCAUUGGGUGAUGGACAGUUUUUGUGCUGUGGCUUCCCGAGCUGAUUUCACCUUGGGACCCUUAGAACAUAGCUCCUGCCCCACCCUAUCCUCUUAACCCCAUCAUCUGACUGUAGAAGGGGAACAAAAUGGAAUUUGGCACCUCACGUACCCUGCAGCCCUUCUGCAUAUCAGGCUCUCAUCUCUGAACUCUUGUGCUCUGUGAAUCAGCCUUGACUAACAUUGCAUUGAGUUGUUUGGAUCUAAUGAGCUGGCCUAGAGAAGCACUCAUUUGCCUUUGUAAUGCUAGUAUAAAUGGCCUGGGUCUCUACUAUAAUGUAAGCAGGAACCAUGGAGCUAGUAGUGAACAGUGACAGCUCAGCACCAGGCUCCUGGAUAUAUAAUAUAUAGUGUGUGUAUGUAAUAUAUUGUGUUGUGUAUAUGAAUGUGUUGGUGACAAAGAUUGGCUAUUAUGUGAUCUCAGAGUAGAGUCACAACACCUGACAAAUGGUGAAUUAAUGUGAUCGUUUCUGCUGUGCUUAUUAAAUAUGCCAAUGUAUCUUAUUGGGGCACGUAACCGAGAGAGCCUUGGAAACGGAUUAGUGUUGAAAUGUUAUUUCCGUCAAGUGGCUGGAUUAUGAGUUUCUGGCUGAACAUGUGGCUAUCCCUCCAGACUUUUGGAAAAUUUGGACAAGUGCAAAAUCUUGGCCAACACCAGUAAAAUCAAUGACCUGGUCAUUAUUGCACUGCAGAUUGUAGGAUCUUGCUGUGUGCAAAUUAAGUGGCACAUUUCACUUCAGAAGAUGUUUCAUGCAUUGUAAAAUGCUUUAGGACAUCUUGAGGUUGUGGAAGGUGCUGUAGGAAUGCAAUUUUUUUCCACUACAGCUUACAACAGGGCUAGUGAAAGGUUGCCACAAACAUAAGUCAACCCUCCAAUACCAGACAUCAAUGGCUUGUCACUGAGCACAUAUGUAAUAGGUCUUUUAAGGAAACCAAGGGGGCUAAGGGACCAACAAUGGAUGGUCGAAGGGAAGGGUUUUCAGCUGCUUUUGAUGGUGAGUGUGGAUGUAGCUCAGAGAGCCCUUGCCCAAAACUAAAGCACUCUACACAGCCAUUUUUUACACAAGUCCUCAUGCCUGUAGUGUGGAGAUUUGUCUUUCAAACUAAUGUGUUUGUGAAUGGCCUUCUGGUUACGUGCUCAAAUGAAAGGAGGAAUCACAAGCAUUCAUUUCGGUGAAGAAAAGUAUAUUUUUUAUGUUGUUUUUCAGAUAUAGACACGUCAAAACUAUUAAUCCAAGAGAUUUCAAUAUUAUGAUGAUAAACAGUCACAAAAUGUCAAUGAGUCACUGCUAAAUGUGUUGUAACCUUUAUGUUUAACAAUAUAUUCAAACAAGUUUGGCUUCACAGAUUAUUCAAGAUUGGAGCUCCAUCUAAGAACUACCAGGGCCUUGCUGGCAAUGUCGCUUUUCCUUGUUUCUGCCUGGGGAGGAGGAAGGUUGAGGUGGCUGGUGGAAUCGGAAAUGGUGAGAGGGGAUAUUUGUAGCACAUCCCCCGGCAAUGUAAUUCUGGGUUCCGAACAGUCUCGGAUUGGCAGCCCGACUGAGGGCCAGCCAGUUGUUGGGCACAGUGGAUGUGGGUCCUGACCGUGCACAUGGUCUCACCACACCAUUGGAAAUGGAGUCCCUUGGCCUGCCUCUUGCAAGGAGCUAGACACAUAGAAUGAGGCCACAUGAGAUGAGCAAGGCAAAGGUUGAGAUAUUUGGGCUACAGUAGCAUGUGAUUAAAUACCCAGAGGCCUGAACCAUUGAUUCAGAGACACAAGUUCAAAUCCCACCAUGGCAGUAGGGGAAUUCAAGUUCAGGUACACUAACUAAAUCUAGAAUAAAAAGCUAGCGUACAAUGGCCUGGUUAUAAUGUGUUCUAGAAAUGACCAGAUUCUCUCAAAAUCCUACUGAUGUGCUACUGUGCUUAAGAGAAGGAAAUCUGCCAUCCUUGCCGUAUAUUUGACUCUAGACCCACCAAUGUAGUUGACUUUUAACUGCUCUCUCAGAGCCACUUGGCUCGGGGGUCAGGGAGGGAUGGGCAGUGAACACCACAAAACAAAAUUGGAAUUAUUGCAAGUCACCUGGCUAUACCCAGCUAAACAGGUGGUGAGGAAGUGAGAGAGAGUUGGGGAUGGCUCUUUGGGACCUCCCCUCACCUUCUGCACAUGUGUUCUAUUUUGCGUAAAGCUAGACAGCAGCCUUUCUAGUUCCUGGUCUGAUUUCUCCCAUCGCAAAAAGAUACUAUCCCUUCUGAACGAUUACUGAACCUACACGAGAGGUGGGGAGGGAAGGUGAUGGUUGUCCAGCAACGCCUGUAACCCACUGUACCUGUGGGGUGGUGGCUAUUACUUUGCAAAUCUGUGAGGCUGAGGUACCCAUUGGACAGAGUGGCAAAAAGGUAUAUAUUUGAAGAGCUUUCAACAUACUGUAUAUUACAUAUUUUAAUCAAAGUCUAUAGUUUUAUUUGUAUAGCUCAGACAUUUAUUUUGCCUGAUAAUGGAGAAUUUAUGGAAGAAGCUUUAGUCAAGAAUGUAUAAUAUAUUAUACUUAUGCCGUUAUUUUCUUUUGCGUAUGUGGUGUGGUAUCAAACACCAGCUGAACGAGUUCUGUGUAUUCCUUUGUGGGUGUGCCAUGUGUAAGUGUCUGCUUUCCAAGUACACAGCAUUGCAAAAUAUAUGGAUCACCCCUUGUUUUCUCUUGUUGAAUUUAGCUCCAAGGAUCUUCCCCUGCCCUUUUCCCCAAAGCUUUUUAUGAAGUCAUCUGGUGCAGGUGGGACUGGCCAGGAUCUUGUGCUGAACUCAAUCAGAACAUACAGAGAGGCACCUCCUUGGCUAAUCAGCUAUCCGGUGGGAAGCGUGUGCAUGUUGGAUGAGUGUUCAAAUCUCCAUUGGUUAUGCUGCCUUCCCUGGUUGAUUCGCCUGCCAAUGUGAGUUGGAGCACCAGUUUCCCAUCAGAAUUUAACAUGAAUUGGAUCCUUCAGGGAAGUUCAAGAGGAAGUUGGGUGGAGUGAGGGGAAAUGAAGUGAUCCUUUUCAUCAGCUAUUCAUGUGAGAUGGCAGAGUCCAAUCCUUGUGAUAUUCAGCUGACUUUAGAAAGUCCAGGUCACUUAUCGCCCCAGCCCACGCUACCUCCUCAUGAAGCAAUGCCACAACCUUAAAAUUCUCUUCAUUUUCAAAUCCUUCCAUCAACUCAACCCCACCCCCUCCCAUCCCUUUAAUCUCCUCCCACUCUAUAACCCUCCAGUCCUAGUGCAUGAUCCUUUCCAGAUACUAACGUGGCCCCAAAGCCCGGACCUGUUCUGUAGUUGCCACCACAGUAAGAAGGCCUUUUCCCACCAUUGGCAGCUGCCUUUAGCUCUGGAAAAACCUCCCAAACCCACCCUUCGUCACUUAAGCCCAUCCUCAAAACCUUCUGACUAAGUUUUUGGUUAUCCGUCCUUAUGUGGCUUGAUGCCAGUUUUUGUUUGAUGAUUGCUCCCAUGAAGCACCUUGGGAUAUUUUACUGCAUUAAAGGUGCUAUAAAAACGCAAGAUGUUGUUGCUAUACUUCCUUUCAGUGUACGAUUUUAUAUGGACCAGUUAAAAUAGUUCCUAAUUAUCGUAUUUCCCCUUCAAAAAAUAAUUUCUUCAUGGAUAUGUGCAUUGUUGUGGGUGCUUUCUAGUUGGGAAAAGACUGUGAUUGCUGAAUAGGUUUCAUCUCACACAAGGGGUCAAAGUAGGGCUUGGACCCUCUGAACCGCCUCAUUCGCUCUCCAUGGCCAUAGAUUGAAUUAGACAGAAGCAUUCCAUGUCCAGAUUUCAGUCAAGAACGGCAACUGAGCAAGCUCAAGGUUAACAGCCAGAGGUGAAGGUAUUCACAUCUGUGGCAGAAAAGAUGCUAAAAAUUGGCAGGAACUAACAGUUCAACAAGGAGAAUAAUUCACAGAGGUUUACAGAGGAAAAAAAUCUGGCUUUAGAAAGUUGCUGAUAUAAUUGGCAAAGAAGCAGGUUAGGUUUUUUGUGCUUAAACCUGCAAAGCUGCUGAAGAACAGGGUGAGAAAGUGGUGACUGCCACUGGAGAGUUCACGGAGCCCUUACUAUUUGUCAGCUGUAACACUAAUUAUAGGAUGAGAGGUGGGACGGCUCUCUCCCAUAGUUCAUCAGAGUAACUUGGACCUUGGCUUCCUUUGUUAAACCUUUAACUACUGUCUCUUUGUCAUUUUUAUCAAAGAAAACAGGAAAAUCCCACUUUGUUUAGGUUCUACCUGGGCACAGCUUUUGUUGCUGGAGAAGUCUUUUCACUUCUCCUCCCUCCACCCUCCACCCUCCACCCUCCACCUGAGGCACUUUCCUGACUCGAAUGACCAAUAUUUGUUCACUCGCCUUGACCCAGCGUGGCAGCAAGCUAUUUGACAAUGGGCGUAACCACAACUAUAACUCUGCCUUAGUUUCCUUGUCCACACAAGCACAUUUCCAGCAAGGGUUUUCAGUGAACACCUGGGAAUCCUGGAUUACAUCCAAGGCACCAAGGCAGUAUCACGUCUGCGCCGCUGACCCUUAACCCGGUUGAGCUCAGCCAGAUUAUGUACUUAACCCUGGCUCAAUUGGGGGGCAUUAUAAAUGCACUCCAGUUGCGGGCAAGUUUUGAUGCCAACACCAGCACUAACUGACAUGUUUUCACCUCUUUUCCCCCAGAUUACAAUACCAUGUAAUGAAUAGUGAGUGGUUGAAGCAGUUGAGAGAAUUUUUUGCUUUCUUGUCCCAGCAGUGGGAAGAAUGCUACAGCAGUGCCACCUGCUGGAGGAUGUGAGAUGCUGUUGGAAUUUGUUUAAAUGUUUCCCGUGCCAAGUCAGAGUUUAUGGGACUCCUGUGCUGCAAUGUAUAACAGAAUUUAAUUUGUUAAUAAAACAGCAGUCGCUAGAAAUUA